GAAGAGGACGAAGCAGACAUGGUUUCUACGAGACGAAGUGGAUCUCUCUCCGGAAACACCAGCAAGAGAUCAUCUUCUUCCGAAGACAAGCCUCUCUCUCCCAAGCGCCAAAAGGCUGAAAAUGGCGGUUCAUCGGAAAAAUCGGCUCCCGCUGAGAAUUCCAAGGAAAUGUGCUCUCCGGCGGCCGUGGAUCCACCGGAAUGCGGGCCUGUUGAUCCUCCGACUGCCGGCGUCGGCGAGGCUGUGAGUCUCGGUAAAGGAGAUGCGGCACAAGCGGUUGCUGUAGCUACCCCGAUCGCUGAUGGUGUUUUGAUUUUGGUUUGUUUUCGAGGUUCUUCGCCGGUUGUGGUGGAUAAACCAAGGAGUUCUUUCUCUUCAUGGAGUACUUAUCAGAAGCAGAACCCCAGUUUUGAAUCUUCAACCCCGUGGUGUAGGCUUUUGUCGCAGUAUGGACAGAAUUCCAAUGUUCCGAUUUGUGCAUCAAAUUUCACAAUUGGUGCAAGUAGAAACACCAAUCUUGUAUUGAAAGACCAAACCAUUAGCGCCGUUUUAUGUGCAAUCAAGCACACACAGCGUGAAGGCACUUCUGUUGCUUUGCUUGAAAGCAAGGGGAGCAAAGGAACUGUGCAAGUAAAUGGGAAGACUAUUAAGAAGGGUACCAGCUGUGUCCUCAAUUCUGGCGACGAGGUGGUUUUUGGUCUGUUGGGGAACCAUGCUUACAUUUUUCUGCAACUCUUGAAUGAGGUUGUUCUCAAGACCCCUUCAACAGUUGGUGGUACAGAGGUUCAGAGUACUGUAGGUAAAUUGCUACACGUUGAAAGGAGGGCAGGGGAUCCUUCAGCUGUGGCUGGGGCUUCUAUUUUGGCAUCACUUUCAAGCCUGCGGCAAGAUUUAUCACGUUUGAAGCCUACUUCUCAAGCCAGUGGUAAAACACAUCAGGGGGCUGAGCUACCGCCCCUUCCGGUUGUUCAUGACAGUAUGGAUGUUGACCUUGAUGGCCUGGAAGUCAAUUCAGCAACAAAUACGGGGAGUGAUAAAGCUGCUGACAUUGGAGCGACCAGCAAGAUCCUUGCUCUUGAUGGCAACCUGGACUCUAGCAUAGAGGCAGGCAAUGUAUUUGAAGAAAGAAAUGAGUGGACGAGGGAUUCACUGCUGGCAUCAACAUCGGGUAUGUCUCUGAGGUGCGCAGCAUUUAAAGAAGACAUUCAUGCGGGGAUUCUUGAUGGCAAAGACAUAGAUGUUUCAUUUGACGAUUUCCCGUAUUAUUUAAGGUAUGAAUGUUUCAUUUUAUGGUAUGCUAUUGUUAUUUUCCAUGUAUGAAUGUUUCAUUUUAAG